CUCCAAUGAUUUCCAAUUGCAUUCACCAAAUGCUCAAAAACCGACAUCUCUUCGCGACAUUGCGUCAAGCGAUGAUUAGGAAAUUGAGUGUUUGUGGAUGCCCCCAAGGGGGAGUCUUAUCAUCACUUUUGUGGAAUCUCGUAGCAGAUACGCUAUUGAGGCAACUCAAUAAUAGCGGUUUUCCUACUUAUGGUUUUGCCGACGACUACCUGACAUUGUUAGUCGCACCCUUUUCGACCUGAUGCAAAACGCCCUUCAGGUAGUUGAGGGUUGGUGUCGCCAAUAUGGCCUUUCGGUUAAUCCGAGUAAAACAUCUAUUGUUCUUUUCACGGAAAGGCGAAACCGUAAUGGCGUUCGACCUUUGCGUCUCUUUGAUUCUGAAAUCGAUGUGACUGAACAGGUAAAGUACGUUGGAGUCAUUCUUGAUUCCAAGCUUUCCUGGACACCUCACAUUGAGUUCAGAAUCAAGAAAGCUUGUAUGGCCUUCGGGCAAUGCCGGCGUACUUUUGGUACAACUUGGGGUCUAAAACCCAAGUAUAUCAAAUGGAUUUACACAACUGUGGUUCGGCCAAUAUUGGCUUAUGGAUGUCUUGUGUGGUGGCAAAAGGGUGAAGUGAGAACGGUCCAAUCAAAAUUAGGCCAUCUCCAAAGGAUGUGCUUAAUGGCGAUGUCUGGAGCGUUCUCUUCAACUCCUACGGCAGCGCUAGAAGUUCUCUUUGACGUUGCCCCACUACACAUUCAUCUCAAACAAGAAGCCCUUUCUUGCACUUACCGGUUACGGGUACUCGGUCUACUAGAGGAAACUCCUGUGAACCGCAGUUCAACACACACCUCGUUGUUUCCACUUUUGGUGAAUUGGGACAAAAUUGUCCUUGCUCCAAGUGAUCUUACAAUUGUUUGUAAUUUUCCAUAUAGGACAUUUUCCACGAAAUUCCCUUCCCGGGAAGAGUGGACAUGUGGUUAUCUGGAAAGAAGUAUUUCAGACGGCAUCGUAUGUUACACUGAUGGCUCCCUUCUCGAAGGUCGAGCAGGUGCUGGUGUUUAUUCUCGUGAGCUAAGGCUGUAUCAGUCUUAUUCACUUGGUAGACACUGUACCGUUUUUCAGGCCGAAAUCUUUGCUCUUAUGUGCGGAGUGCAAUCAGCACUUCAGCAGCACGUAAUGGGCAAAGUAAUAUACUUCUGUUCAGAUAGCCAGGCUGCUAUUAAAGCACUUGCUUCGGCCAACUCCAGGUCGAAGAUAGUUAUCGCUUGUCGAACUCAAAUCGAGGAGCUGAAUUCAGCAAACGCUGUUCACCUUGUAUGGGUACCUGGCCAUUCUUCCAUCGCUGGAAAUGAAUUGGCUGAUGAGUUAGCUCGCUCUGGAGCAUCACAUGACUUCAUUGGCCCUGAGCCAGCUAUUCCGUAAGGGUAUGCGGUAUGGGAUUUUUUCAAAGCGAUACGAAACGAAACGGUAUGUGAAAUUUUUGAUGCGGUGCGGUACGAAACGAAACGAAAUUCAAAAAUGUUUCGUGAGAUCGAUACGAAAUCAGAAUUUACUCGGUAUUUUUCGAAACGAAACGAAAUAUUUGUAAAAAUUCCGCGGAAUUUCGCAGUAUUAUCAAUUUAGGGCAAAUUUGCAUUUUUUCCUACCGCUGGCGUGGAUUGUGUUUCCCUUAAGACUCUAAUUUGCCACAGUUAGGUGUUAGAACAUUUGUGGAAGGCGGGGGGGGGGGGGUAUGCAGUUUACUUGAAACUUUGUACGUGACUACAUAUUGUACACAUCUCACUGCAUACGAACAAUCAAGUAAAUUGAUGCAAAGUUGACUGGGUUAGCACGCGAACUGCUCUUAGUAGGUCCUCCUGCCCAAAUUUUUAACCACAGAUAUUGAAAUUUUCAACAAUUGCAUUAAUAACCUAACAAGAUUGCUCCAACGACUUAAUAAAUACGUUGCAUCAUUGCGAUGAUGUUAUAAAAUGUAGAGACUGUUUAUAUAGAGACAUGCAGAGACGACUUCUUUUGACUGUUGUUCUUCUUCUUCGUCAGGCUUUGUUUUCAUAAUUUUGCUGGCGUUCUCGAUAGGUAGCCGAUUUGACAGUUCGAUAGAUAGAUUUGGAUUCACUCUUUGCGGGACUGUGUUAUAUACAGACUGUAAUAAAAUGCUCAAACUUCACUUAGUGAAAUUAGGAAAAACCGCUACGUUUCAUUUAAUAUCGAAAUAUCCAAUGUUCAGUAGUUCAGACACCGAUAGUCCUAUAGCACCCCAAACGAAAAAUGGUUAGCCAGAAUUUUCCUCUGAAGGAGACUCUAAUACGAGUCGAAAUGUUGGGAAAAUCCAAAAUUUUCGUUUAAUUCCCCAAACCUGCAGUGCCGGAAUCGAAAGCUCUAUAAGAUGCUCUAAUGCCGUUUGUUUAUCAUAAUUCUGAAGCAUAUGAUAAGAAACAUAAACUAGAUGUUUACCAUAAAGCUCCGUGGAUAGCGUAACUUCUGGAGAGAUUGUAGUCUAAAAUCUCAAAAAAAAGUUGAUAGAUGCUUGAUUUUCUCACGAAAUACCCAGUAACCAGUGUCUUAAACCUUCAGGUCUUUCGAUUCGGAACUUAAGGUUCAAAAAUCAACUAGCUUAAGAGUUAUUUUGUUAAAAUAGAUGAAAAUAAUAAAAAAAACAUAUUUUUUCAUAAUUACGCAAAACUAAAAAAAAUGUUUCACUCGUUCAGAGUUUGUUGGCGAAUAACCUGAUGAAAUCCAGCUAACAAACGUCUUUUUACCGAAUUUAAUAGGAGUAUUUAUUUAACGCGUAAACUGCUGAUUAAUGAUCAUCCUAAUUAAACGUCACGAUCACCAAGGCAAUCUUUGGUUAUUUCAUUCGCAAUUUCAUGAAAUGUUACAAAUAGCAGAAUGUUAUGGUUUAAGGAUCGUUUGCAGUUCAGAAAGAUUUUUUCGGCCUAUCUUGAUGCGUGAAAAAUUCCAUGUCUGAAUCGGUCAAGAAACCGUUUUUCUUCGAUUGCAGUACGCAGUUCUGAAGGAAUGACAAUUCAAAAGGCAGUCUUUGUAGCAUGUUUCCGCCAGGAAUCGCUCAAGAAAUUUCUUGAGCGAUUCCUUAUCAAGAAAUUGGACUCUACGCAGCAACUUAAAGUGUUUAGUGAGUUCCCUUUGUGAAAAUGUUGGCUGGGCACAUAGCGGAGUUAUCAUUUGUCGUGCUCAUCCUACCUUUUGGUAUUUUCAAAUCAUACCUGAAAGGGAGCGU